CUUUUCCGUCUCCCGGUCCCGAUUCCUGGGGCUGUGUGGGUCCUUCAGACAUGUCAGGGUUCAGCCCGGAGCUCAUCGACUAUCUGGAGGGGAAGAUCUCCUUUGAGGAGUUCGAGAGACGGAGAGAGGAGAGGAAAACCCGCGAGAAGAAAAGUCUUCAGGAAAAAGGAAAGUUAUCAGCUGAAGAAAAUCUAGAUGACUCUGAAGUUCCAUCAUCAUCAGGAAUUGACUCUACCAAAUCCCAAGACAAAGAUGCCAAUGAAGGAGAAACGUCAGAUGGAGUGAGUAAGUCUGUUCACAAGGUCUUUGCUUCCAUGCUGGGAGAGAAUGAAGAUGAUGAGGAGGAAGAGGAAGAAGAGGAGGAGGAAGAAGAAACACCUGAGCAACCCACUGCUGGCGAUGUAUUUGUAUUGGAGAUGGUUCUCAAUCGAGAAACCAAGAAAAUGAUGAAAGAGAAAAGACCUCGCAGUAAACUCCCCAGAGCUCUGAGAGGUCUCAUGGGUGAAGCCAACAUCCGCUUUGCUCGAGGGGAGCGUGAAGAGGCGAUUCUGAUGUGCAUGGAGAUCAUCAGACAAGCUCCUCUGGCCUAUGAGCCAUUCUCUACUCUUGCCAUGAUAUAUGAAGACCAAGGUGACAUGGAGAAGUCAUUGCAGUUUGAGUUGAUUGCUGCACAUUUAAAUCCCAGUGACACCGAAGAAUGGGUUAGACUGGCAGAAAUGUCUCUGGAACAGGACAAUAUUAAACAGGCUAUUUUUUGCUAUACAAAAGCUCUUAAAUACGAGCCUACUAAUGUCCGUUACCUGUGGGAGCGGUCGAGCCUUUAUGAGCAGAUGGGUGAUCAUAAGAUGGCCAUGGAUGGUUACAGACGCAUCUUAAACCUCCUGUCUCCAUCUGAUGGAGAGCGUUUCAUGCAACUGGCUCGUGAUAUGGCAAAGAGUUACUAUGAAGCCAAUGAUGUUACUUCAGCUAUUAACAUAAUUGAUGAAGCAUUCUCGAAACACCAGGGCCUGGUCUCCAUGGAGGACGUCAACAUCGCAGCUGAGCUCUAUAUUUCCAACAAGCAGUACGACAAGGCAUUGGAGGUAAUUACAGAUUUUUCUGGAAUUGUGCUGGAAAAAAAGACUUCAGAAGACAGCACUUCAGAAGAGAAUAAAGCUCCUGAAAGUGUCACCUGCUCUAUUCCUGACGGUGUGCCCAUAGACAUCACAGUGAAGCUGAUGGUCUGCCUUGUGCAUCUGAACAUUCUUGAACCACUCAAUCCUCUCCUGACCACACUAGUGGAGCAGAACCCUGAAGACAUGGGUGACCUGUACCUUGACGUUGCUGAGGCCUUUCUGGAUGUGGGGGAGUACAGCUCCGCACUGCCCCUCCUCAGCGCGCUUGUGUGCUCAGAACGGUACAAUCUCGCAGUGGUCUGGCUUCGGCAUGCAGAAUGCCUGAAGGCCUUGGGCUACAUGGAGCGGGCAGCCGAAAGCUACGGCAAGGUGGUCGACCUGGCUCCCCUCCAUCUGGAUGCAAGAAUCUCCCUGUCCACCCUGCAGCAGCAGCUAGGCCAUCCUGAGAAGGCGCUGGAAGCUCUGGAGCCAAUGUAUGACCCAGACACACUGGCGCAGGAUGCAAAUGCAGCACAGCAGGAGCUGAAGUUGCUGCUUCAUCGCUCCACACUGCUGUUUUCACAAGGCAAGAUGUGUGGCUACGUGGAUACCUUGCUCACCAUGCUGGCCAUGCUGUUGAAGGUAGCAAUGAAUAGAGCCCAAGUCUGCUUGAUAUCCAGUUCCAAAUCUGGAGAGAGGCAUCUCUAUCUUAUUAAAGUGUCAAGAGACAAAAUAUCAGACAGCAGUGACCAAGAGACAGCAAAUUGUGAUGCAAAAGCGAUUUUCGCUGUGCUCACGAGUGUCCUGACGAAGGAUGACUGGUGGAACCUUCUGUUAAAGGCCAUCUACUCCCUUUGCGACCUGUCCCGGUUCCAGGAGGCUGAGCUACUCGUAGACUCUUCAUUGGAAUAUUACUCGUUCUACGAUGACCGGCAGAAGCGGAAAGAACUGGAGUACUUUGGUCUGUCUGCGGCCAUUCUGGACAAGAAUUUCAGGAAGGCCUACAACUACAUCAGGAUCAUGGUCAUGGAAAAUGUCAACAAGCCCCAGCUCUGGAACAUUUUCAACCAGGUCACCAUGCACUCCCAGGAUGUGCGCCACCACCGCUUCUGUCUCCGCCUGAUGCUGAAAAACCCUGAAAACCAUGCCCUGUGUGUCCUGAAUGGACACAAUGCAUUUGUGUCUGGCAGCUUCAAGCAUGCACUUGGACAGUACGUGCAGGCCUUCCGCACCCACUCCCAGGAGCCCCUCUACAGCCUCUGCAUCGGCCUCACCUUCAUCCACAUGGCAUCUCAGAAGUAUGUGCUCAAGAGACACGCACUCAUCGUGCAGGGCUUUUCCUUUCUUAACCGCUACCUUGGUCUGCGUGGGCCCUGCCAGGAGUCCUUCUACAACCUGGGCCGUGGCCUCCACCAGCUGGGACUGACGCAUCUCGCCAUCCACUACUACCAGAGGGCUCUGGAGCUCCCACCUCUGGAGGUGGAGGGCGUGGAGACUGACCAGUUAGACUUGCGACGAGAUAGUGCCUACAACUUGUCCCUCAUCUACCAGAGCAGCGGGAACUCUGCGAUGGCGCAGAGGCUCCUGUACACCCACUGUGUCCUCUGAGUGCGGGAUGUUGAGGGCAUUGGGAUGGCCCAGAGCCUUCUGGACACCCACUGCGCCAUGUGAAUUCUGCGAGAGGACAUCAGAAUGGCCCGGAGGCCGCUGGACACCCACGGCACCGUGUGGUCUCUGUGUGGGGACAUCGGGUUGGCCCAGAGGCCUUUCAACACCCGUUGCCCUCUCAGCUCCGGCAGCUGCUGCGUGAGCACCCUGCAUCUUCUCUCUGAAAUCCUACUUGUACCUCUAAAAUGGUCAUAAUGGUUAACUCUAAAAUUGUCAUGACACUUCCAGAAUUAUCUAACAGUGCAUUGGCUUUUAAUAUGUGAUAUUUUGAUAAGUGUGGAAAAGUAUCUUUCCGAUAAAAAUUUGCAUAUUGUA